AUGCGUCGGCGCCCAACCCGCUCGCCAAGGCGCGCCCCUGCCGCCAGCUCCUCCCCCUCUCCGAGGCGCCCCGGGGCGCGCGCAUGCGCACGGGAGCCGCUUCCCGGGCUGCCAGGCCUGCAGCCGCUUCCUGUUCGCCGGCGGGGAGCUGGGAUUGGACUGGGGGCGGGGCUUUUGCCGUGGCUCCGCCCCGAGCUCCCGCCCCCAGCGGGAGCCCUCACCGCGCCUGCCAGUAAACAAGCUGUCCCCGAGGAACGGAGCGCCGAAGUGCAGACCCCGCGGGCAGCGAGGAGGAGGAAGGGAGACACUAGGCUGACGCGCGGGCUCGGGGCGCUGGCCACGCUCGCCGCAGGCCAGGCCUCAGCGUCGUCAGAGGCCGGCGGUCCAGGACCUGCAGCCCUUCGCCGUCCGGAGACCGCUGAGGAGAGUGCGGCGGCGCCCGCGGGAGGGCAGCGCAAGGUGACCGCCCCCCCGGAGGCGGCCGCGGCCGGGGACGCGCGCACCUGCCCCGAGGAGCCCCGCCGCGCCCGUGGCCCCUGCAGCAGCGGCAGCGACCCGAGCCCGCCCGGGGACUCGCCGAGCCUGAACUCCUUGGAGUCGUUCUCCAACCUGCACUCUUUCCCCAGCAGCUCCGAGUUCAAUAGCGAGGAGGGCGCGGAGAGCCGGGUCCCCGAGGAGGAGGAGGAGGAGGGCGCGGCGGGGGCGCCCAGGGCUGCGCCUCUGUGUCGCGUGGAAGACGAGGAGGACGGCGCUCAAGGGCCCGCGGCCGCCAGGGAGCGCUUCCCGGGGCAGUCUGUGUAUCACAUCAAAUGGAUCCAGUGGAAGGAAGAGAACACACCCAUCAUCACCCAGAACGAGAACGGGCCCUGCCCUUUGCUGGCCAUCCUCAAUGUUUUGCUUCUGGCCUGGAAGGUGAAACUUCCACCAAUGAUGGAAAUCAUAACUGCUGAGCAGCUGAUGGAAUACUUAGGUGAUUACAUGCUUGAUGCAAAGCCAAAAGAAAUUUCAGAAAUUCAGCGUUUAAAUUAUGAACAGAACAUGAGUGAUGCCAUGGCAAUUCUGCACAAACUGCAAACAGGCCUGGACGUGAACGUGAAGUUUACUGGCGUCCGAGUGUUUGAGUACACGCCGGAAUGUGUAGUGUUUGACCUGCUCGACAUUCCUUUGUAUCACGGGUGGCUGGUGGAUCCUCAGACUGAUGACAUCGUGAAGGCAGUGGGGAACUGCAGCUACAACCAGCUGGUGGAGAAGAUCAUCUGCUGUAAGCAGUCGGAAGACAGCCAGCUGGCCAGUGAAGGCUUUGUAGCUGAGCAGUUUCUAAACAAUACAGCCACUCAACUGACAUACCAUGGAUUAUGUGAACUAACUUCAACCGUUCAGGAAGGAGAACUCUGUGUGUUCUUUCGGAAUAAUCAUUUUAGCACCAUGACCAAGUACAAGGGUCAGCUAUAUUUGUUGGUAACAGACCAGGGGUUUCUGACUGAAGAGAAAGUUGUUUGGGAAAGCCUGCACAAUGUAGAUGGUGAUGGAAACUUCUGUGACUCAGAAUUUCAUCUGAGGCCUCCUUCAGAUCCUGAAACUGUAUACAAAGGACAACAGGAUCAGAUAGAUCAGGACUAUCUGAUGGCAUUAUCUCUACAACAAGAACAGCAGAAUCAAGAGAUCAAUUGGGAACAAAUCCCAGAAGGAAUCAGUGAUUUGGAGCUAGCAAAGAAACUCCAAGAGGAAGAAGACAGACGAGCUUCUCAGUUCUACCAGGAACAGGAACAAGCAGUGGCAGCAGCUGCUGUGUCUCCACAGGCCCAGCAGGACCAGCCAGCGCAAGCUUCUCCAUCAGGUGGAAGACAAUCUGCGAUUAGUGACCGUAAACGAAAGGAACCUCGAGAAAAGGAAAAGGAAAAGGAAAAAGGCAGCUGUGCCAUUUUGUAAUAAGUAUUGGAUUCUGAUGGAACUAUCUACAAUGUUUGUCUUGAGAAACAAAACCACAAGAGGGAAGGAAGAACAAGACAAAUACCGUCUGUGCCUGAUUUCCCAAUGGAUUUUGUUCCUGUUUUUCAGGGGAAAGGUUACUUUGUUACAAUCAGACUUUUUAAGUCACACAACACUUUAUGAGCUGGAGUUUCAUGUUACAAGUUGGAAAUGCUGUGUGGUGUCAUUCAUGAAAAAUACUGCACUUGUAGCCAAAUAAGAAAAUCACAGCAAAUUCUGUGUCACAGUGACAUUCGUAACUCAUAUCAGUUAGUAAGCUAUUUUAUCUUCUGUUCUAACAAUAAAUGGAGGUGAUUAAUUUAGUCAGAUUCCUUCCUGAAAUUUAAGUAUUAGCACAGUAGUUUCAGAAAUUUUUAUAAUGUUAGAUUAUGAACUAAUCCACAAGAAACCAGGGGUUUAAUACAGGGAUUAAAAACAAAAAAGACAAAAAAUAGCAGGAAUAAGUAAUCCUUAAUUGCAUAUUGGACUAGGUCAGCCAUUAGACAGCUUUACCCUUCUUUAGUAAUGUACAUUUUAGACAUUAUCUUGAGAACUGAGGAUGGAGCUUCAAUUUCAUCUAGAUAGAAAAAGUAAAGAUUUGUAUUUUUUUUCCAAUAGCAAAAAUUUACAUAACACUAAUACUUCUAACCUAUCCACGAGAGAUCUUAAUGAGUUUGUAGUGUUGUGAAAUUUUGAGGAAUUCUGAAAUCUUCAAAUAGGUAAGCUGGACCCUAGUGACUGUUAAUAAUGAGGUGAGUAGGGCCGGGGAUGAGGCUCAGUGGCGCUGUGCCUGCCUCGCAAGCACAAGGUCCUGAGUUCGAUCCCUGGUACCAAAAAAAAAUAAUAAUGCAGUGAGUGAGUUCAGGAGGAAACCACAGUGGAUGCAAGGCCUUGUACAUGUGUGGAGGGAGAAAAGCAGAUAGUUGAGUGUCUGCCUUUUUCUAGAAUUACCUUUUGAACCUUAAAUUUUAAAUCAUGUUUAUUGCUAGAAGAUUAAGUAUACUUCCUAAAGCCAACAAAAAAGCACAUUUCUAAGAGAAAGUUAGAGAUAAUCUCAGAGUGCAGUGAAAGACAAUAAAAAUCUGAGCGUAGAUGAGAGUUUGGAAGAAUUUAUGUAAAAGCAAUCAGAUUUUUUUUAACUAAUGAGAACCAAAUAAAUCUAAAACAUAGUGUUUAUAGGAUUCAGAAAGAAUAUUUAUUUAACUUUAUUAUGAGGCAACACAUAUUUUCCUGUAUUUCUAAAUAUAGUUUUGGAAACUAUCCUUAAUAGUCCUUUUUAUAUACUUUAUAUUUAAAAUUUGUUUUAGUCAUUUUGAAAAGACUGUUGCUGCUCUAAUUACUUGUGUGCUUUACAUUCUAAGCCUCAGAAAAUUUGUUUAUUUAAGAACAUAAUCUGAUCUGAGCAUCUUUCUUGUGGUCUGGGAUGACAAAGACUACAAAAAAAUAUAUAAUCUAGCUUUUUUUAAGCUAUGUUAUUAACUUUCUCUGUAAUCUAAAACCAGUUAUGAGUCUUUAUGUAAAAAGUAAGUUUUAUUUAUAGAAGGAAUUACUUUAAAGGAAAAAAUCUAAGGCCAAGUUGUAUCUUUUAUACACUUCUAUAUUGCAUGUCUAUUUAUGUUACAUAAUUUGUUAUUCCUUCAAAUUUCCUAUGCUAGGAUGAUAAAUCAUCAAACCUGUUUGGGUAUAAAAAUUGGACAUCAAAUAUUUGGUGAGUCUCUUAUUAUAACCUAGAAUAUGUGUUGGUAAGAUAGCAAACGUGCUGCGUCACUCUUGGCCCCAGUGGUUCACCUCCCGAGGUUUACCUGCACGGUGCCUCUCCUGUGGAGGAGGAAACAAGCCUCAAGCUUUGUUCUUCCCGCACAAGUUGUAAUGACGCUAUAAUAAAAAACACAGGACUGGGAAUGUAGCUCAGUGGCGCUGCGCCUGCCUGGCAAGCACAAGGUCUUGAGUUUAAUUCCUGGUACCAGUGGUGAGGAAAAAGAAACAAAAAACACAGUAUACCUUGAGUAAAGCACAUCUGAGGUGUUUUUUUUUUUUUUCCAGAAAUAGAUUAUCUAUUUGUCCCUUUAAGACUAUAUGUGAAGUUAUUCUUUUGUUAUUUUCUGUCUUAUUUGUUCCAAAGAUAAUACUGCCAUUCUGCAUUCCUUCUAGAAAAAGGAGGAAAAAAAACAAAAAAGUCAAAACCCGAAGAGCUGCGGUCAGAUAAGUAGAUGUCAAUGUAUAGUUAUGAGAAAAAACUAAACAAUGCAUUGUUUGUUAAUUCAGUCUUUUUCUAUGUAAUAUUUCCAAGGCAGACUUUAUUACAUUCCUAGAUGUCAAUUUGAUAUACCAAGAAUAAUGAUGUUUGCUUUGCUUACUGUGGGGGAAAAUUAAAUACUCAGUUCUAUUAAAACAAACUUACUUCUCAGAGGUACUGCUUUCUUGCCCGUGAAGGUUAUAAAGAACUUAGAGCUGUUGCGUCUUGAUCACCUCAGACUUUGUUUUAGGUAACAGAUUAUAUAUGCAGGCAUUUCAUUGCUGAUUUAUGCAUAUAGGACUUUGAUAGGGAUAUUUAAAAAUGGUUCUUUUUCCACAUUUUCUAAUGCUUGAAAUUGUUACAUACACACUGCUAGCACAAGUUAAAAUUCAAACAUUUUUAAGAUUUGUAGACUACAUUACGGCCCCUUUGAAUCGACCAGUUCGCUGUUAGAACCGCAGGAGAGGGAGACAUGCACGGAUCCAGCCGCCGUGCUUUUCUCCUGCUAGCCAGUGCAUUAGCAGUAGGAAAGCACUCUGCAGUCCAACCCCAGCACAGUAGCAGCGCUGCGACUUACAGCAGUUCCUCAGUUCCUAGGAGCAUGAUUAUGCGUGCUUCUGAAGCAAGCCCCUGGACUUCUGUUAGAUUCUUCAAUCAGAACUUUCCUUCAAAUGUUAAGAACCAUCGGGGCCGGGGAUUUAGCUCAGUGGCACCACACCUGCCUGAGUUCAAUCCCCAGUACCGCAAAAAAAAAACAAAACCGCCAUUUAAAAAAUUA